GGGGAGCAGGAAAACUUUGGACCUUGGCUUCAAGUGCUAAAAAUAAUUGGGCAAGAAUCCUGCUAAACUAAUACUAGAUUUACUCAAGUCUUUUUAUCACUUGGCAUUGAAGAUGUCGAGUUUUCUUACCUCUCUUGGAGGGGGCUCAAUGCCUUAUCAUAUGCGGGUAACCUCAUCCGGCUUCAACAAAUUCACAAUCGAAUUGACCAAGUCGACAGAAAUACCCUAUAGCUAUGAGGCAAAUAUUCAAUGACAGUUAAAGCACUCGAUGGAUUACACUUGUUUUGAUCUCAUAUUCCCUUGAUGUUUCUUGCCAAUUUCUAAACGAUUUGAAUACUGAUGUUGUAACAUUCCAAAUCCAUCGCUAAAUAUCUCCUUGUUCGAUAAAACGCCUUGACUCCACCCCUUGGCUUAGAAAACAAACUCAAAUUGUUUUUCCAUCCCUUGGAGAGCAGGAGAAAGAUGUAACUACUGAAUGGAACAAAAUCAUAUGCAUAACCUUCUUUACUGGGCGCAUGGGAAGAGAAAUCUACACAAUUGUUUCGUUUACAUUUGGAUACAACGGGAAAAUAGUCAUGACGAUACCGACAACUCAACAGCACCAGAACAGCGAGUGUCACUCACUAUCAAUCAGAUCGUAUCGCACGUCUGACGGAUCGAACCACUGGGGCUUCCGAGUGGUCUAAAUUUAGACAUACAUUCAACCUUCAGCCAGUGGGACUCUCAGCUGUCUCCCCACGCCCAUCCUGGACCUUCAGCACACGCAGGCAGGCAGUGCGCAAUCGCCCUCUAGUCUUAAGGUAUCCAGCAUUUACAAGGAUGAUACAUACGUCAGUCAACUGGACCUUGUUGUUAUAUCCGAUGAAUCGUCUACAAACUGUAUCCAAACAGUGAGCGAUUUGGCCUUGCCAACUAUCGCCAUACCAUGAAAUCACUCAUAUUCAUACCUACUGCAAGCCAUAGCUCCAAAUGGAUCCAGUGCUAAUAAGAGUUGGAUCUAAGACCCAAAAGUCAACUUGCUACUUGCUUGUCCCAAGACAGUUGCACUUUGACAGCAAUUUGUCUCUGAUUGUGGUUUGUGGUUGGUCUAAUGACUGUUACUAGGCCUCCAUGGCUGCAUUGAGAAGACAUCAAAACACAGUUAGUAUGUAUUUUUGCUCUCACAGAAGGCUGGAGUUUCAUGCUCCGAGUUUGGGUGUAGUGACUCGAACGGCGAUUUGGUUAAUCGUUAAAGCUGGGGUUACAGCGCAAACAUGGCUGCACACGACCCAAUGGAAUUUCAUCUGUGCCAGCCAUUCUCUUUGUUCCCAGAUGCGCUGGUCCACGUUGGCGGAAUCGACUUUACGGGUAACGAGAUAGGCCGCGUGGAGCUUUGUGAAUGAAAGACACGAUUUAGCUGAGCAUCAUUUCGCAGCAACUGAUCAUCAACGGUCAAUAACAAUUCAAUUCUGACACAGAAUUGUUGAGCCGCCAGAUCCGGUUGCAUACAUCAUCUCUGCUUGGCACCAAAAUUUGCUUCGUUUGGACGGACACGCCGCGGAGCCAAGGACUGUGCACGUUUCCGUACUCCAUCUCAUGGAUCAACCGAAAUUCCCCAUCGUAUCACAGUUUGAUAUUGCGCAUCUCCGUCAUCGCAGUUGGUGAAGGUGUCGAUCCGUCAUAGGAACAAAGAAGUUGGCACGAAUAAUCAAGUUCAGAGUUGUAAGAUAUCACACCUGGUUUCUUAUCACGACAAUUAAGAGCAACCAUUACAUGUCUCAAACUUGGCGUAUCAUAGGACAAAGGUUCAUGGCUAAACAUCAGCAACGCGGUUCACGCAGACAAGUUGGUUGAUCAGUGAUGGCCGAUAUGCACCAUUGCUGCACGUUGGCGAUCAUACCGCCAGACCAGGUCAAUUGAUUGUGUUCAUAAUCGCAGCCCCAAGUUGCAGGACACGAUCAACGCUUCGAAAGGGUUGGAUAAGAGAAGAUGAAGAUGGAAAGACAACACCAAGGUCAGGGGCAGGGUUCAGGGGACUAACCAGGUGGGUCAAACAUGGAAUGAGGAUCGGGGCCAUGCGGGCAAAAAAAAGCAUCAUCUUGGGCCCGAAUGUUGACCCGCCUCGAUGCUCAGCUUUUUAUGGCGAUUCCUCGUAUUCACCUGGGAACGAGGCGACUUCUUACCCCUUCUUGACCUCCUACUGUCCUCUACCCUUCCCCUCCAACCUGUCAAUUGAUAUGACAUACUUCCCAUGGGUCUCGGGAGCUUUUUAAAGAAUACGAAGGGCAGGACGAUGGGCUCAUACGGAGACAAUCACACAAUAUUGGCUCCUCUUAUACAAGCCUGUCCAUCUGCCGUUACAUCCACGGUGACAUCACAAAGCUCAUGAAGCUCCGUAUCCUAGCGGCGUAUGAACGGGUUGAUGAGACGCCGCCGUAUGAGCAACGGAAGGACAGGUACCAGGGGGGUCAACGGAUGUGGUAACGGUGGCCCCACGGACAAAAUUACUCGUGCAACCGUUUACGUGGUGAUGGAGUUGAAUGAACGCCUGUGCAGCAAGAACCAAGAACCAAGACCUAACCAUACCAAAGGUGGUGGUAUAUCGGAAUUGCGACAACCGACUUCUGUUGAUGGCCCAGCCUGUAUGGCCAAUAAUUACUAAACAAUGGCUGAAACCGUUAUCAAGUUUCUAUAGCAAUUGGAUGUUCCAAGAAUGAGCAGUUGUGCCCUUGUUAUCAGACGGUCAGUGCCUCAGCUCAAUCUCUGGUCAACUUCAGGUCAAGCAGUCACUACGCCUCAUGUCUUGCACUGACCUCCACUGUGUUCACUGACAAGAAAUGAGGGCUACACAGGCUAGACAGGCCUUGUUGAGCCGCCCUUGGGCACCCAAAUUCCACCAAAGCCCAUCCCUUCCAGGCUCCCCGGGCUGCUCAGAGCUUAACCCGCCCUUCCCUCUGGUCUCUGCGACUGGGUUUGUAGUAGGCGGAGGAUGUAGCCGGCCGCCGGCUGAACUUGGCGGGACGACAGAAGCGCUACACGAGACCUAGCUCUUUGCCUAGUGCCCGAGUGGCUGUCGUUGAAAACUGCAAGCGGUUCCCGCCCAAGCCUAAAAAAGAAACACCCAUAGCGAUUUUUGUCUAGAUCUCCAACAACCUUGGGCCUUUGCCACUCAGCAGACAAAAAACAAAAGUCACAGCAGCAAAUAAGAAAACAGCAUACUUGGGCCAUUGUGAUAGUUGUCUGCAGCUCAGCCUCCUCUUGCCAAGACCAGUCUAGGUCUCGGGGCUUUUAGCAGGACAGAACAGAUCCCCUCACCUAACCACGAUUUACCACCACAGGCUGCAUUUAACACCCAAACUCUCCUCUUCGCCCUGAAGUUGAGUUCAAUCUCGCAGUUGGCCUGACGUGACGGACUCAGCUCGUGUAACACCCAUCACUCACUCCACUGCCUCCACUUCCUCCACUCCCUCACUCACACUCCGCAACGCCUCGGUCGACUGUCAAUUGCUUACAGUACUGUGCAGUACCGGCAGGCGGCACACCUUUCACUUUCUUGGUCCCUUUUGCUUCUCUCAUCCUCACAUCACCAGCUGUGCUCCAUUCAUAGACCCGAGCAGACUCCUCUCUUGUACGCUAGAGCCACCUCCUGUCUGCUUGGCACACGACACUCUUCAUCAUCGAUAAAGGGAAUCACUCACCCCUCUUGCUGGCUGUCGUCUGCACGUUGUUGAACCCUAGCUUGCUUGCUGCACUGUCUUCACCACUCACCGUCUGAGAUCUCGCCUCCUCAACCUCACCACCUGCUCUCAGCCAGUCGUCUCUCGUACCGUCCCCAAAUAGCAAACCCAAAAAAAGCUGCCAUCUGUCUUGGGUCCGCAAUUCUGGACUAUUCUCAGCCGCUAAACGUCCUCUGCAUAUCCGUCUCCAGUCUUCUUCAGGCCUGAUAUCACCCUGCUCAACUUACAAAACUCAACCUUCUCCCUUCCUUCAAACCUCCUCACUCACUUCUACAUCAUGGCAUCUGUCGACACCAAGAACGACUACAGCAUGGAGGCAGGAUUGUUGAGCACUGACCGAGAAGAGAGGACCAUGUCGUCAAAGGAAGCACUACUCCAGGAUUCGGAAUCUGCCCAGACCAUCCCAAGGACAAAGACCAGAAGGAUAUCCCCAGCUGGCAAGGCCUUGAUUGCUUUGGCCGCUUGCUGUCUUCUGGGCGCCGGUGUAGCAUCCAUUGGAGGCGCUACCCGAUUCUGCCCUGGACAUCUCCGCCAUAGUGAUGUUGGAAAGCAUGGCAUGAACGCUCAUCGACCAAAUCUUUCCGAUUCCAUGGCCCAGAUGGUUCGACGACAAAACACACCACCACCUACCGAUACAGCGCAGGGCACUGACCCUACCGAUGCCGCUUCUGAUGGCGCUUCCAAUGCUCCCUCGGGCGGCUCUUCAGGCGGAGCCUCUGGUGGUGCUUCGAACACCGUGCAGCAACCCACUGCUACGGCUGAUGAACCCACGAACGAGGCUAGCAAGACUGCUGUUCAGCCUUCCGCUACCGCCGGAGAGCCAACCGACCAGGCCAGCGCCACAGAUGAGGCCUCAAACACCCAGGCCCAACCGUCAGCUACUCAGCCAUCUGCCACCAGUGAGCCUUCCUCACCCUCGCGCCCUGCGAGCUCAGAACCUGAGGAACCCACCUCUAACCCGGAUACAGGCCGACCUUCUGCCACUGCCCAACCUACCGAGGACUCAGCUACUGAAGCAUCUCCUUCUGCCACGGAAUCCCAAGAGGAGCCUACUCAGCCUGCAUCCUCAGCCGCUUCUACACAGCGAACCACCCGCAGGACCACGGAGAACCGACCCUCGUCCACUCAAGACUCUUCCCCUGAAUCGACCACCGAUGAUUCCGAGGCCACUGCCACUGGUACGUCCGUUUCGGAAGAGGAACCUUCUGAGACUGUUCCCUCUUCUCGUGCUUCAACUUCCAAUCCUUCUGCUCCUAGUGCUGCAACCUCCACUGCUGCCAGUACGUCUACUCGAAGAACUUCUUUGCCUGAUACCUCCUCUUUUUCUGAAUUACCGUCCGAGACGGCUUCUUCGGGUGAGACCCUUCAAUCCACCGCCCUUGAUGAUACUUCCUCUGUUAUCGAAACUGCCACCGUUCCCUCGUCCACUGUCGCCGAAGCUACCACUGUCCUCCCCGAUUCAACUUCUGAGUCAGCUUCCGGGUCAACUCAAGAGUCGGAAACAGCCUCCCAGGCUUCAGAGGAGACAGAGACGACUACCGGUAUGUGGGACGGACGAGCAGCAACAGGGCUCUUUCCAGGGACACUGCUGCGAAUCCAACUCCCCAAACCUGUUGUGAUAUUACUGUUUCGUGUCAUCUCCACAACCUGAUGCCUUGACUUCGUGACUUUCGCAAGUGCGCCAAAACUUGAAAAUGCCUUUUGACCAUUGAUUGCCUCUGCGUUGACUACACACUUUUGCAAACGAUUACCAUCUGAGCGUAUAUGCUAACAUAGAGACAGACCAGGAAACCGUAAGUCAGACAGACGAGGCUUCACGAACCUCAGAAGAUGCCGAAAGCGCGACUGAGACCAAGUCCGCACGAAGCACUGUGACUGGAACAGGUACCAGACGAACUUCGAGUGCAGUGCCCAAGACCUUCACUUCUACGCUUGAAGAUGGUGGUAUUACAACCCUGACUUCGACUUCUUGGGUUGAGGUUGUCCCCUCAGCCGAAAAUACUGCUGGCAGCGACCCUGACCUUCAGAACGCCGCUCCUCGAUCCGCCGGUUCAGUUCUUGCCGCAGUCGUGGGUAUGGUCUUUGGUGGUUUCAUUCUCCUGUAAAUGGAUUAUUGACACAUCGACCUCACCUUAAACCGAACCAAAAUGUCACGCAGAUCCCGUGGCGAACGAACUUAUGGCCCCAUUGCAACCACCAGCUUCUUCAGAAUGGGUUCAUCCUUACGAAUAUCACGGUCCUUUCUUCAUGGGUAUAAAAUCAGGAUAAUAGACUUGGGGGAAGCAUCAGACGGGAUUAAUCAAUAGACAAGAACUUCCACAUACGGUUGUAUCUUGGGGGAGAUUUGGUUCAUUAAUGGCGUCCAGCAUAUAUGCCGAACAUGGAUCGUAUUUAAAAUGCAUAGUACAUGAGCGAAUACAAGCAUUUGAGUUUGCAUAUUGCACAUUCCA